AACUCUGGAGUAAACAUAUGGUAGUUGAAUCAGUGUUCUGUAGAGAUAAACUUUUAUUAGGUGUAUUUUCCCCACCCCCCAACCCCAGGAGCUCCACUGCCCCUUACACGUGAGAGCAACAGAGCCAAUCACAUUAAUAACUUGUGCUCUUUAAAUCGAGUUCACUCCCAGAACAAGACACAGCGUCUGAAAAUGAGCGCACAGGGGACGCUUUGUUUUCCCCUCUCCGCACAAACUGGGAGAAAGGGAUUGUUUUGAAACCAUGGCAGAGCAAAACAGAGGAAUCUCCCUGCUCCAACUCCUCCACCCAGCUGCAGCAAGGCCGUGCCUUCUCUUCAGAAAUGCCACAGAACUGGUUUCCCCUUUCUGAACACACACACACACACACACACACACACACACACACACACACACACACACACACACACACACACACACACACACACACACACACACACACACACACACACACAGUCUCUUGUCUCUUCCUCACAUAUGCACACCAAAAAACACACCGCGCCCUGCAGCCAGCCGCCAACUGUUUCUGGUUAGACAGCCGGGGCCUGCAGUCAUGGAGCGGCAGCUGGAGCUCGCUGCCCUCGGCGUGGCAUUCACCGGGUGGCUGUGUGCUAUCCUGACCCGCUGCCUGGCCCUGUGGACGGUGAGCGGCACCAUGGACAACAACACGGCCACGCUGCCUGCCUACUGGGACGGGGUGUGGCUGGAAUGGGAUCACUGGGACCUGGCCCACGAUGGAAGCCUGCACUGCUCCUUCUACCAGUCUCUCCUGUCUCUCUCUGGAAACAUCCGCACGUGGAAAGCCCUCAUCAUGGCGGCUGUCGGUGCCGGGGCUUUGGCUGUGGUGAUAGGGGGGGUGGGGGCGGUGUGGUUCCCCCUGAGGGGACAGGUCAAAGUGUUUUCUGGAGCGCUCUUUGUUUUGUCUGGGAUCCUGCUGCUGGUUCCCAUUGCAUGGACGUGCCAUCACACCAGUCAGCCACUGGAGGGGGCCGCCCUGCUGAGGAGAGCCUGGGGGCCUGCGCUCUACCUCGGGUGGAUCUCAUUUGCUCUGAUGCUGGCGGGGGGUGGGUUUCUCACCACCAGGUGCCCCACAGGGGGUCCGGUGCAGCUGCCUGCAGGGGGCGGGCCCUCCAGUCCAGAGGAGGAGGCCGCCCACCCGCUGAGCCUUAUCCACAGGACUGCGUUCACUCAGAGCCAGUAUGAGCGCCAAGCAGGGCCCGUGUGAGGGGACUGGAUAUAACUGGAAAACCAUCAAUAUGUGAAGUGACUGACACACACACACACACACACACACACACACACAAUUGUUAUUUGCAUCCUGUUUUGUAUUUCUAUUGAAGCUAACACUGUGUAGCUAUAUUUAAUGCCAUUACUAAUACCAAGCUGACAUCAAGACAUACAGCCCUCAGAUCACUAAUAAUGUCUUAAAUGUGAGUGAAUAUUGAUAUUAAAACUAAAGACAUAUUGCACUACAUCAGCUGGUUUCAGUGGCAAACAUGUUUACACCCGAGGUGAAUUCUUCUGCACAAAAGGACACUGGAAUAAAGCUUUGCACGUGACUCAGACAUCUUUGUUUACAGGAGUUCUUCUAAUGUCAUGCUUUACAGUGAUUGUAACUCAUGCCACAGAACACUUAAGGAUCAAAUGGGGUGAGCCAAUUCAAAAACAACAUAGAUGUCUAUUUUGAGUAUUUGUAUUUUAAAAUAAAAAGACGGAACUUG